AUGUUCGCGAACGCCGCACUCUUCCUUCUAGUCUGGACUAUAGCCUACCUCUUCGGUAGACUCUACAGGCAGGCCACGAAGGAACCACUCGCCGACCACCCCCCACCGCUAAAGCCACCCCGGCGUACUCGCCGCCUACAAGGCCGCCUCCUCCGACGCUCCAUCCCCUGGGGGCGGCCGACAGGGAAUGACCCGGGCUGGUGUUUUUUGACACUAGCCCCCCUACCCUUCCGGCCGUACCUCACCGGUUUAGGACCCUACCCAUCACCGGUUAAAGUUUUGAACACCCUCCAGCAGUUAGGAGCCCCACUACUCCCCGCACUCGUCACCCUUCACGGUGGCACAGCCCAUGUCGAGGACGGCCCUGGCCCCUACACUGCCAUGCGACUACUACGGUCAAGACGGAUAGGCGCUAAACUUAAGAUCGGGCAACUCCACCACCCCGGUGACUGUGAACCCUUCGAGAUACCGAUACGGUUAUCUAAGAACAAGGAUAAUCUCCACGCCCUAGUUGACACAGGAGCCACCGGGUACGGAUUUAUCGAUGCCUCGUUUGCCCACUCCCGCGGCUACACCACCGAGCCGCUUUCCACGCCUAGGCAGUUACAGGUAAUCGACGGCCGACCUAUCGCCUCCGGAGAUAUCACUCAUUCCUGCAAGCUCCGCCUCGAAGUAGGCGCCCAUGUGGAAGGGAUCUCCUUAUUUGUCACCCAACUAGGUGACGCCAAGGUAGUACUGGGUCUUCCCUGGCUCCAACACCAUGCCGCCAAAAUUCAAUUUGCCGACCGAUCCAUCUCCUUCCACGCCGACCGAUGA